AUGACUCGAACUCAAGUGUCCUUCCCUUCGCCUUCUACCCUCAAAAAGUUCCCUCACGUCCACGAGGACCCUGCCACCCUCUCCCACUCCCUGGACCCCUUCACCAUCACCACCUCCACUGGCUUCCUUCCCUAUGCCACUGCCCCCACUACCCUCCCCGAGGCCUUUAAGGCCCUGGCCUCGCUGGUGGAACGCUCCCCCGUCGUGAAGGCCGAUGGCAAGCCCGGUCUGCUGGCUACCUAUGAGCUUGGCCCUGCUGUUGAGUCCGAGCUGACCGACCUCACUGAUGAGGUUGAGAAGCUUCGUCUGGCUGAUGGCUCUUAUGACAAGUUCACCAUUGCCGCUAUCUUCCGUGACUACACCUUCGUCGCGUCGUCCUACCUCCUCGAGCCUUGCUGGGAGAACUGGAACAAGCUGCCUGACCAGAGCUAUGGUCUGGGUCGGGAUGUUCUUCCGAAGUCUGUUGCUCGUCCGAUGUACCGCUGUGCACAGAUUCUGGACCUGCCACCCUUCAUGUCCUAUGCCGCCUCCUAUGCUCUGUUCAACUACACCACCGCCGACCCGGCAAAGGGACUGGACGAAUACUCCAACCUCCGCCUGGUUCGCGCCUUUGAACGCGGCCACGACCCCAAGAGCUCCGAGGCCGGCUUCAUCUUGACCCACGUCGACAUGGUCAAGUACACCGGAGCCCUGGUCAACGGUGCCCUCCGCGUCGUCGACACCCUUGAGCAGAACGGUCCUCGCCAGGACAUCAACGACGGCUUCCGUCAAAUCCUGCAGACGAUGGAGAAGAUCGAAGAGGCUAUGGAGGACAUGUGGGGCAACUCUAAACCUUCCGAGUACCUCUCCUUCCGCGUCUUCAUCUUCGGCAUCACAAACCAAUCCAUGUUCCCGAACGGCGUGAUCUAUGAUGGCGUCGAAGACAACAAGCCCCUACACUUCCGCGGCGAGAGCGGUGCAAACGACAGCAUCAUUCCCCUCCUCGACCACCUCUGCCAAAUCCCCAUGCCCUCAACCCCCCUAACAAAAAUCCUUCACGAAUUCCGCGCCUACCGCCCCCUCCCCCAUCGCGAAUUCCUCACCUACAUCCGCGAAAAGUCCGAGCAAAUCGGCGUGCAGAAGUACUGUGUCGAAGACUCCGAGACCGCAGUGCUCUUCCUGAAGGUCCUUAACCACGUCCGCUCGUUCCGCUGGCGCCACUGGCUCUUCGCGCGUGAGUAUAUUAUUCGGAGGACGCCGCAUCCUACUGCUACCGGUGGUAGUCCCAUUGUUACUUGGCUCCCUAACCAGCUCUCCGCUGUCAUGGAUCUCAUGGUUACCAUCUACGAUACCUAUCUCUCGCCCAAGGAGGGUGUUGUUGCGAUUCAGGGUAAUGAGGAUUUGAUUGCUUCGCACCGGAAACAGGUUGAGCCUAUGAUGGAGCUUGUUAGGGAUCAGAGGGAGAAGUUGGCUCGCGAGGUUGAGAGGUGGUGCCAGGAGCGGGGGGUUCCUGAGAAGGAGUGA